ACAUCUUAAAAAAGAUCUUUUAAUUUAUAAAAUUUUGUUAUCAAAUAUAAAACUAGAAACUUUUAAUAGAAACUUUUAGAAACUUUUUGAAUAAUACAAAAAUUAGAAAUUAGAAAGGAGGGACUUAUGCCCGCAGUAGCCUAAACCUAGACAAAAAAAAAUCAGUUUCAACUUUUAUGGCGAAUCAUCUUCCCAUUUUAAAGCACACUCCGUUUGUGGUGAGCUAGCACUGGAUCUUUGAUUUGAAUGGAUGCAAGGCCAGAGCUUGAAACGGGUCGGAUCAUUUCACAAACGGUGCCACCCUGUUGCCAUCAGCCCUUUAACGGCUCAAAGAUCAAUUCUUUAUCAAACCCAGAACACAGAAAUGGCGACUCAAUCCAAAAGACGAUCCAUGUGCCCGGCAUGCUCAAAACCGACCCGCCUCUGCCUCUGCACCCGCCUCAAGGUUCCAAAGCUCCACAACUCCAUCGCCGUCACAAUCCUUCAGCACAGUUUAGAGAAGAAGCACCCUCUCAAUUCCACCAGAAUAGCAUCCAUCGCCCUCCAGAAUCUUAGUGUGAUCCCAGUUUCCGAUGUCAAUUCCCAGGCCCGGUUUUUAAUCCGGCGCUUGUUUAACUCAAACCUUGAAAGGUCGAGUAGCUGUGACCAACACGUCGUCGGUUUUGCAGUUGACAAGUACGGCACAGUUCUAUCUUUCCAAGAUGUUUGGAUGAUGGAAAAUGGGUCACAGCCAAGAUGUGGUUUUGAUCGGUUAUUGGCUUCAAGAGAAGCUGUUGAUGAUCUGAGCAAAGGGUUUGUGGUGAAAAAGUUGCAAACAAAGCCCUUGAGGGGAGGCAUUGGGCUUGAGGGGUAUGUUUGUUUGGGCCUCACAAUAAAUUUCUAGAGCAGGAAAAUAAGUGCUGGGGUUUUUUUUAUUUACCAACACUGAGUAAAGAUUAUAUAAGGAGUAUUUGUAUACAGGAAGUAUAUAUGUUGAUAUAUUCCUUCCAAUUUUAAUCCUUCUCUGAUUUUAUCCUCUUGUCUUUCCUUGACAAGCAUGUUGAGAGACCAAGACGAAGAAGAAGAGAAUGAAGAAUUUGAAAUUAGAGUUGGUGCUGGGUCAGUGUUACUUUUCCCAAGUGAGCGAGCAGUGAGGGUUGAAGAUCUGAGAGGUGUUGAAGUGAGGAAUUUGGUAGUGUUGGAUGGGACUUGGAGUAAAGCUAAGAGAAUGUACAAAGAGAAUCCAUGGCUGAAACUGCUGCCACAUGUGAAACUUGAUGUGUUGGAUGGGAUGAGCAGCUUGUAUGGUGAAGUGAGGCAUCAACCAAAGGAGGGAUACUUCUCCACCAUUGAGAGCAUUGUGUAUGCACUCAAGGCUCUGGGCGAAAAAGAUGAUGAAGACUCAAAGGGCGGCUUGGAUGAUCUGCUCGAUGUUUUUGUGUCCAUGGUUGCAGAUCAAAGGCGAUGCAAAGAUGAGAGAUUGCGCCAAGCCAACCAAACAAACUUCUUGUAGUUAUACUCCCUCCCCUUCCUCUGUGUUCCUAUCCAUCCAGCAUGUAUAAUGCUGCUGCAUCAAGUUUCUUUCUUUCCUUCUUUCUUUUAGCCUUUUAGGUAACAUUUCUUUUUUUUUGGGAACCCUUUUAGGUAACAUUUCGUCCAUUAACUACUUUUUUGUUACUCCCUCA